UCGGAUCCUACCAGCCCGUGUCGCAACUGUAGUGCAGUGUAAAUAGCGAUGCAUGGACUGACACCGAGCCGACAGCUGCUGUCCCACUGGCGCUGCCUACUGCACUGUCGAAGCUUUAGAACAGAAAACACGGCCAGGAGUGCUGCUCUGGACAGUGUCCUCUCUGCGUUCAGGUCUAUAUGUGGUGAGGAUGGCGUCUCAUUGGGUGAAGCUGUUAGAGAGCAACACGGCAAAGAUGAGUCUGUACACAGAUGUUGUCCCCCAGAUGUGGUGGUGUUUCCUCAUUGUGUGGAGGAAGUCAGCGCCCUGGCUAAGGUCUGCCACAACCACCACCUACCCAUCAUCCCCUUUGGCACUGGAACUGGUCUGGAGGGAGGAGUCGGUGCAUUGAAGGGUGGUGUGUGCUUCAGCCUUAGGAACAUGGACCAGGUUCUGGAUCUCCACCAGGAGGACUUUGAUGUGACAGUGGAACCUGGUGUGACUCGGAAGGCCCUCAAUGCCUACCUGCGAGAGACCGGCCUGUGGUUUCCUGUUGUGACUCCAGCCUGCUGUGUGCGUGUUGCAGAAUUUCAUCCGGCCUGGUCAGUCAUGUAUGCCAGAACCAUCAAUCCAGCAUAUGGAUAUCUUUCACUUUUCUAUUUCCCUGCUGAUCCUGGUGCUGAUGCCUCUCUGUGUGGCAUGGCUGCCACUAGUGCGUCUGGUACCAAUGCAGUGCGCUACGGAACUAUGAGGGAAAAUGUUUUAAACCUUGAGGUGGUGCUGGCUGAUGGGACCAUCAUACAUACGGCUGGGAAGGGCCGACGUCCCAGGAAGACAUCAGCAGGCUACAACCUGACUAACCUGUUUGUGGGGUCAGAGGGCACCCUAGGGAUCAUCACUAAGACUACAUUGCGCCUGUAUGGCAUCCCAGAGGCCAUGGUGUCAGCCGUGUGCUCUUUCCCCUCGAUCCAGGCUGCGGUGGACAGCACAGUGCAGGUUCUACAAGCGGGAGUACCCAUUGCUCGUAUUGAGUUUCUGGAUGAAGUGAUGAUUGAUGCGUGCAACAGGUUCAGCUCUCUGUCCUACCCUGUGACCCCGACCCUUUUCCUGGAGUUCCACGGCUCUGAGCGAAGCGUCGAGGAGCAGGUCAACCUAACAGAGGAAAUCACUCAGAGCAAUGGUGGGUCAGAUUUUCAGUGGGCCCGAGAUGCAGAAACACGGAACAGCUUGUGGAAAGCUCGUCAUGAUGCCUGGUACGCUGCUCUGGCUCUCAGACCUGGCUGCAAGGCCUACUCUACAGAUGUGUGUGUCCCUCUGUCUCGACUGCCUCAAAUCAUAGUGGAGACAAAGGAGGACCUGAUUGAGAACAGGCUCACAGGUCCCAUAGCAGGUCAUGUGGGUGAUGGUAACUUCCACUGCCUGAUGGUGGUGGACCCCAGUGACCCAGAGGAGCAGCACCGGGUCCACCUGUUCACUGAGAGACUGGCCAGGCGAGCCCUGGCCAUGGACGGUACAUGCACAGGGGAGCACGGGGUGGGCUUAGGGAAGAGAGCGCUGCUGUGUGAGGAGGUGGGACACACGGCUAUCCACGUCAUGCAGGGUCUCAAGGACGCCCUCGACCCAAAGAACCUGAUGAAUCCUGGGAAAGUUCUGCAGCCAAGAGAACCAUGAACAGCACCUCAGUCUGAAUGAAAGUUACUAAACACAGAGAAUCUCAUGGUCAUGAUCAUGACUUUGAAAAUUGGUGUCAGAAUGAAAUCAUGUCUUUAAGAGCUCAUUGCACAACCUAUUUCUGUUGAUAUUAAAUAUCAAUAGGAAGGAAAUCACAAAUACUGUAUUUUGAAUGGAUUGUAGGGACAUUUCUGUCCUCAUCUUUGAAUUGUUGAAGCCAACAUUGUGUGUGUGUACCUGUGUUAGAAUACAGGUUGUUUUGCCUAGUUGACCUGCUGACAAAAUACAACGAAUUUUCUUUUUACCCACCAGUAAGUGCAACAUGAUAAUUGAGCAGUAAGGAAAUUCUUUGCUGUUCCCUGUUUUUGCACAUUUUAAUGAAAAGUUGAAUAUUGUUUUCACUUCACUCUUCACUUUAUUUCUGCAUUUUGUGAUAGUUGAUUAUUUGAUAUCAAGUAAAUGUACAUUUGGCCGUCCCUUGCCACUUUACCCUCUUUUAGAUGAUAGUGAAGGGAUGAAAAGUUUAAUUAAAGAAAAUAAUCAUUAGCUGCUGCCUUGGUGUGUAAAUGUUGCAUUGUGUAGUACAUUAUAUUGUGAGGUGUAAAACUGCCUAAUACCCUCAUGAAAUGGACAAAGCAACAGCAGCCAUGACAUACUGUUGUGAUAAAUCUACAUGGCAACUCGGGCAAUGUCAGAUGUUUAAGAUCAAACAGGAUGCCACAGAGGUUGGUUGUAACUCAGGACUAUAGAAGCUGGCAUCAGAGGAUGGGGAGACUGUGCUUUCCCUGAAACAGUGGGGAAAAUAAAGGAUAUUGCUGUAUGGA